AUAACUAUCGAUCAAACAACCUGCAUAGCUAAUGAAAAGUGUCAGAAUCAAAUGUAUCCAUCAAUCGGGCUUUAUUCAGUUUUAAUUGCGUGAAAAAAUCGUGCGAUAUGUCGAGUGAAGAUAUAGCGACAGCGAAUGAGGGAACGGAAGAAAUAGCUGAUCAACUUGGAGACGCUGUUGAAAGCGAACGAAAUGAGUUACAAGUGGAAGAAGUAGCGGUUGAAGACAAUGCAGCUGAGAACGUGGUUGCUGAAGACCACAAUGAAGCAGAUGAGAUAAGAGAGGUGCCCGAAGUUUUCGAAAAUCCCGAUGCAGAUCCGGACAUUUCUGAGUCAAAUGAUGCAAAUGGUGAAGCAUCUUCCAGCCACCAGGAGGAAGAGGAACCAGAUUUAGACAUCAAGUCUCUUCCUGGUGAGCCAGAAAGUGCAGACGUAUAUCUGGGUGAUGAAGACGACGACUUCGACGCUCACCCGUUAAACGAGUUAACCGAUCAGCAAGUGAUCGACCUGGUGCAGGAGGUGGAGACUGAAAACCGGCACUUGUACCUGGAAAACAAUCUGUUCCAGUCGUUUUUGAGGGAGAAUGAUCCGUCACUGCUAGAGGGCUUUGAGGAGAUGAUGAAUUUUGUGCUAGGCAGAACCGGCGGUUCGUACAUGUCAACUAGUACAAGUGGAGAGCGACGCUCCAGCUACUUCGAUAAGCGUUACAAAUUAGAUUCGUACACCAGCAUAACUUCCAUAGCUGAAGGCAAAGGUCCAAAGAUCAAUCUGGCGCAGAAGACUGAAAUGGUGAUGAGGGCGAUGGAAGAAAGCCAGGCGAGUCUGGAGACAUUCCUCAAAAGGUGUCACAUCACCAAAAGAAACCUGAAAGCCGAGCUGGAAGAAUUCAGCAUUAGAGAAGCCGAAUUUAAGGAGGCCAGUGAAAUUUUCGAGUACAGCGUGGUCACGCAAGGAGUCGACAAGUUAACCCAGCGCAUUCCUGCUGAGAAGUUCAUCAGGUACAUGGAGGAGUGGCUCAAGAGCGCUCAGCUGCAAAUCGAGAAGCUGCGGCUCAGGAUCGCCACCUUGAAGGUGCAGUACAAGAAAGUGUCUCAGCAGCUGAUCCAGCGGCAGGAGCUCGGCGAGAAUGUGCAUGCAGUCGACUUUGACCAGCUGGAGAUUGAAAACAAGCACUUCAUUGAACGAAUCGAGCAGAAGAACAUUCAUCUGGUGGAACUGAAGAAAAUGAACGGCGGCGCCAAUUUGAUUCUCAGCACGCACAAGAAGUACCUGCAAAAGCAGCAGGAGGACUGCAACAACUUGAAAGCCGAAAUCGAUGAGAAAAACUGCCAGAUUGAAGCCACCGACAAAGAGUGCAGUGCCGCCGAACUGGAACUGCAAGCGGAAAUUGAGAAAUUUGAAAACUGCAAGAAACUGAAGAAUCAGUACACUGUUCCUGAUGUGAUGGAAUAUGUGCGCUUGAAGGGAAAACUGCACGAGCUGAAAAAGAACAUCAAAAUCUGGAUCCGGAGACGUAAAAUUCAGGACAUUGCUUUGAACACGUGUCUAAGGGAAAUGAAAAAUCUGACCGGAAGAACUGCUGUUGAUCCCACUUGGUUCGACGAUGUGCAAUCGAUAAGUGAAUCUAAUUCUGAAGAUGUUUUACUUUAAAGGACUGUUUUACUGUAUUGGAUUGGAAAUUUAUUACAUUAUUAUACAAGCAA